CUGACUCGAACCAACCUUCUCCAACGCAAACAAACAAACACAUUUUGGCGGCGUUUUUGUUUACCUUUUAUUUUGCGCAAAAAUUAACAAUGUCAAUUACUCUAGAUUUUAAUGGUAAGAACUUUGCCAAGGGAAAGAAUUUAGACGUGCACUACUUGCCGGCUAAAAUAGACGGCGAUGGGGAAGCGAAUGUGGAAAAUUGCUUCAACAACUACACACGUGAAGCAACCGAAUUCGGCCCAGGAAUCCUGACGAACGCCUUGCGCGGAUAUCCUUUAAUGGGGGAGAAAUUAAAAGUGCCCGAAGGAUACCGCGGAUUAGUUCUGCAAGAAACAGAGAAGCCCAUCAGCGAUACCUCCGACCGAAAGUUGCGGCUAACUGGGGUAUUUCAGGAUUUUACCUACUGGAACUACGACAAAGUGCCGUCCAACGGCGAUCCCUACCGACAAGCCCUUCUUCUGCCGGAUGUUGCUCAAGCUCUAUCACAGCCCAUUAGCGAAGAGGAUUUGGAGGCAGAAAUCGCUCGUAAUAAGGAAAACGCCAAGGAAAGCCCGUAGUUUUAAUCGCGCUUACCGCGUUCUAUUUAUUACUCCAAAAUCUAAUCCAAUACAUAUAUAUCGUAAACUUUA